AUGAAACCCAUACCGGGUCUGGGCCUGCUUCUGGCUGGCCUAGUGGCCGUGAAAGGUCUUCCACAAGACAACCUCUCUCCAGAUAGUCAUGUGGCUGUGUGGAAGGGAAGGCAGGCAGCCCAGGAGCUUUCAAGGAGGAACACAGCCUUUGGCUUUCAGCUCUUCAAGAAGCUGUCUGCUAGCAGCUCCAACAAGAACAUCUUCUUCUCCCCCUUAAGCAUCUCCACAGCUUUCUCCAUGCUGUGCUUAGGUGCCCAGGAUUCCGCUCUGGAUGAGAUCAAGCAAGUCUUCAACUUCACUGGGCUACCGGAGAAAGAUCUUCAUGAGGGCUUCCAUUACCUCAUCCAGAGACUGAACCAGGGGGGCCAGAACUUCAUGCUGAACCUCUAUAACAUGCUGUUCAUAAAAUCGGGGCUGCAGCUAGAGUGGACGUUUCUGACAAAUAUCAAGAACCUAUACAAUGCAGAUAUAAUUCCCGCUGACUUCCAGAACUUAGAAGUUACUCAGAAGAAGAUCAAUGACUAUGUUAGUCAGGAAACUCAUGGGAAAAUAAACAACCUGAUCAAGAAUAUAGAUCCUGGCACUGUGAUGCUCCUUAUAAAUACUAUUUUCUUUCAAGCCACGUGGCAACAUAAGUUUGAUCCGAAAGCAACCAAAGUAGAAGGCUUUAUGCUGGACAAGAACAAGUCCGUGAGAGUGCCCAUGAUGUUCCGCAGGGGCAUAUACAAGGGCCAUGACGACCGGCUCUCCUGCACCGUCCUGGAAAUACCCUACUGGGGAAACUUCACGGCCAUCUUCGUCCUUCCCGACAAGGGCAAACUGGAGAGCGUGGAGAAGGGCAUGGUGGCCAACGUAUUGGCCAGAUGGAAAAAAAUAAUCACGUGGAGCCUUGUAGAUGUGUUCGUGCCCAAGUUCUCCACCACUGGUACCUAUGACCUGAAGAAGGUACUCUCCCAGAUGGGCAUCAGGGAAAUCUUCGAGAAUGGUGGCCUCACCGGGAUCUCCCCUCACCUCAGCCUGAAGGUUAGCCAGGUGGUCCACAAGGCCAGGCUGGAGAUGGAUGAGAAGGGCACAGAAGGUGCUGCAGGCUCUGGAUCACUGAUUCUGCCCGUGCAGAUGCCGGUAGAGGUCAAGUUAAACAGACCGUUUCUGAUGAUAGUUUACGAGCAGAACACAGAUUCCGUGCUCUUUCUGGGGAAGACUGCCAACCCUACUGGAACCAAUUCGCAGCUCACAGUGCCUUUUGUGGACAUGCACCCAGCAGAUGAGGACACUGAGACUUGGAGAGCCAAGAGGGAGAAGCCCUUUGACCCAGCAGAGACAAGUAAAGGCUCUUCAUUCCUAGUGGACAAGUCGGUCACUGUUCAGGUCCUCAUGACGCACCAGGUGGAGGAGUUUGCUUUUGGGGUGGAUCCAGGGUUGAACUGCUCUGUGCUGCAAAUGGACUACAGUGGAGAUGCCCUGGACUUCUUCAUCCUCCCUGGACAGGGCAAGAUGGGGCAGCUGGAACAAGACUUGUCAGCCCUGAGACUGAGGAAGUGA